GGAAGACUAGGCCACACGAAAUUCAAAUCUUUCAAAUUCAGCAACUUGCUUCUCCUCACAUUUGUCAGCCCCUUUAUAUAAUAAACGUUCCUCUUUUUCGUCUUUUCAACAUAUCAGAAAAUCCCUAAAUUCACUGAACCCUCUUCUCUCUCUUUCUCCCCCCAUAUCUUCUGAUUCUCCUCCAACUCCUUUAUUAAUAAAUUCUCCUCUUUCAUUGCUACUUGUCUUCCUCAUUUCCCUACUAGUACUUGUUUCACACAGUUUCUUGAUCCAACCAAAACCAAUACACAAAGCUUCUCAAACUCCUUCACCUCAAAGCUUCUUCCUUUACAUCUGAAUCGUUGAGUUAACUCGGAUUUGUUCUGCAUCCUCUGUUUCUGAAUCGUGGGCCAUCCUUAUUUUGUCUCGAAUUCUUCACCAAUUGCUUCGAUCAAGCUGCAUUGGUUAACCAGUUGCCCUAAAGAUCAGAUCUUUGAGCAAAAUUUUGUCACUGAUCUUCUAAAUCCAAACCAGACACAGCAAAACAACCUCUGUAGAUGAUUCGAGAAAUCUCAAACUUACAAAAAGAUAUUAUAAACAUUCAAGACAGUUAUUCGAACAACCGAGUCAUGGACGUCGGAAGAAACAACCGGAAAAACAUGAGCUUUCGAAGUUCGCCGGAGAAAAGCAAGCAAGAGUUACGGCGGAGUUUCUCGGCGCAGAAAAGGAUGAUGAUCCCGGCGAAUUAUUUCAGUUUAGAGUCUCUGUUCCUAUUGGUUGGUCUAACGGCAUCUCUGUUAAUACUUCCGUUAGUUUUGCCGCCGUUACCUCCGCCUCCGUUUAUGCUGCUAUUGGUUCCCAUUGGGAUUAUGGUUUUACUCGUCGUUCUUGCCUUCAUGCCUUCUUCUCAUUCUAAUGCUAAUACAGAUGUAACUUGCAAUUUCAUGUAAAUCUGAAAUUUAUUAUAUGAUGAUCUUAAUUAAUCUUAG